CCCACACCGUGUCGGACGGAUUACAGUUUUGAACUCCUCUAUGAGCGCUGAAGGUCUCGUGUGUUCAAGGGGAAACUCUCCUAUGAUUUAUUCCAACAUCUGACAGUGAAAUCGUUCACAGUGUGGCGCUGAAACCGGUGUUCGCUGCUCGGGCGCGCGGCGGGCUGAUGUGUGCCACUGCUCCGCCUCGCACGGCCGCGCAAAGUAACUUUCAAGACUUAUGUGAAAUAUCCGCAAAGUCCAGCUGUGAAGAGACGACAUUAUGUCAACAUCCAUGGAAAUAACUGAUUAACCGGGAGCUUCUGACGGUUUCUGCUUUGUCCGGGAUACUAACGGUGUCGUGGAGGUAAAGGUUCCCAGUCCUGUGUGGGAUGUUAACAGACUGGUGGUGCGUUGAGGCUGAAGGAGCAUGGUGAAACACCAACCCUUACAGGUCUAUGAGAAGCAGGUCUUUGUGUCCUUUGUCACUGGGAUCUAUGGUUGCCGCUGGAAACGCUACCAGCGUUCCCAAGACGACAGCUCCAGGUGGGAGUGUACAUGGUUCGUCAUCUUGUGCAGUUCUUUCCUUCUUCUUCUCUUUUGGGCCUACUUCUGGUUGGUGGCUCAAAAUGAUUUCAAUGAGUUCAACUGGUCGGUAUACAAUCGCUCUGGGGAAUGGAGGGAUGAGACGAUCCCCAUCCUUGCAUCCACCACUGUGGGAUUCAGCUACAUCACGUUCUUAAUGAUCUUAGCACUUUUCCAUAUAUCCUUGGGCCAGCAGCUGAACCUCUACUGGGUUCAUAAGAUUGGAGUGUUGGCUACGCUGAUCACCACUAUCUCUGGUGUUGUCUCGGUUGAUGACAUAUGGGGAGACGAGUGGGACAUCCUGCUUGUGUCUCUGCAGUCCACGGCACCUUUCCUGCACAUUGGAGCCCUGGCAACAGUGACAGCUAUGAGCUGGAUAAUAGCUGGAUUUGUGGUUCGCAGAGAGAGAUCCAAUUUCCAGGUGAUGGUGUUGCUGAUCUACAUCAUCAUCCUCCUGGCUCUCUAUUUGGCCCCGCUCACAUUCACCUGCCCUUGCAUCAUGGACCGCCACAGCCUCAAACCUCGACCGGAUAUCAUUGGCCGCCGGGGAGCUCCUAUGCUGGCUCCAGAAAACACCAUCGUGUCUUUUAACAGAGCCCUGCAGCAUGGAGCCAGCUCCCUGGAGGCAGAUGUCACCAUCAGUGUGGACGGAGUUCCCUUCCUAAUGCGAGACCGCACCUUGAGACGAACCACGGACAUUAAUAAGAUCUUUCCAGCCAGGCAGCAUGAAGAUGCCUCUUUCUUCAACUGGACAGAGAUUCGCUCUCUAAACGCAGGCCAGUGGUUUUUGGAGAGCGACCCCUACUGGACAGUAGAAACCCUGACAGCGAGGGACCGCAGCCGAAUAGGCAAUCAGACGGUUUGCAGCCUGGUGGAAAUGCUGCGUCUGGCAGCCAGGGCCAACAGCUCUGCUCUGCUCAACAUCCGCAAGCCUCCACCAGAGCACCCGCGCUCCCGGAACUGGUUCAUGGACACACUGUGGGCUGUGCAGAAAGCAGGGAUUUCCCAGAAGAGGGUGAGGACUGUGACGUGGACCCCCGACACGGACCGGGGGAGGGUGCGAGGGCUUCGGCAGACCGCAAAUGAGAAGCUGUCAGUGGAAGAGAUAAGGCAGAGAGGAAUAACAAGUCUGACCCUCCAUUACAGCAAGGCCAGCCACAAAGACAUACAGGAGUAUCUGGCUAAUAAUGUGAGUGUGACUGUCUACCCAGUGAAUGAGCCCUGGCUCUACUCCAUUCUGUGGUGUAGCGGGGUGCCUUCUGUGUCCUCUGACGCCCCCCAAGUCCUCCGAAAGGUGCCUUACCCCAUCUGGCUCAUGAGCCAGAACGCUUAUGACUUCAUCUGGAUCGCUUCAGAUCUGGUCUCCCUCGCCGUGGUCAUAGGGAUUUUCUGUUUUCAGAACUAUCAUAUGAUCAGGUGGAGGAUGAGCGGGAUGCAGAACUACAACCCAGAACAGAUCAUGCUGAGCGCUGUGGCGCGUCGGUCCAGUCGGGACGUCAACAUCAUGAAGGAGAAGCUCAUAUUCUCAGAACUGAACAAUGGACUCAGCAGCACGGAGGAGCUUUCUCUGUAUCCGGAGAACGGCUAUGCCAGAUACUCUCAUGGAGGCCUCAGUCGCUGAGCACAUCAUGCCACAGCCAGCAAAUCUGGAGUGUUAGUUUGAUUUCAGAGAUUUUCUGACUGAAUGUUUCUUUGUUGUCAGAAGAAGAAGGAGCAGUGACCUGUUAGUCAACUAAUCCUGGACGUGGUGACAGCACGGAUACCAAAUCCUGUCUGAAGUAAAAAGAAAGAAAGUUUCUUCUGUUUGGCCUCUGGAUUCAUCAGUUUUUAAACUAACACAUUAUUCACUUGUUUAUAUACAAGUUAUAUGUAAUAUAUGUAUAUAUGUAAUAUAAUUUUGUGUGUGUUUUGUUUCAUAAUACUGCGUGAGACUUAACCACAUUCCUUAAAAUAGUCCAUUUAGUCGCUGUAAGGGGUCAUUUUCUUACUUUCAGUGUGACAAAGUUAGCGUGAAGCAUCAAAGUCUUCACCUGGGACACACGGCUGGUUUGUGUCAUCACUAAAGGGUUUGCUGACAAAUGUCCAAAUGACUGAAGAACACAAUGGUAUUGGAGUUUAAUGGGACUGGAAUUUAUAAAGCUGUUGUUUCAUACCUGAGGAAAUGGGCUGUGUAGUGUCCUAUAUUAUUGACUCUUGUAAAUAUAAGUUGUUUUACAUGUUUUUAUCUUUUUUCAACGGUUUGGACGUAUCAAAUGUAUAUUUUAUGUUUGCACUUAUUACCAUUAUGACUGAUGUCUUCUUUUAAGUGUGAAAGACAGAUUAGGGCAUACAUGAUACCAGUUUAAUGCGGGGGUUUUGGGAAGUAUUGUAGUGAAUGUUCUAAUCUUUUUUUCUGCCUCUUUUCCGUCAUGCCAUGAUUUAUUAACUAUAAAGUCAUAUUAGCUACUACAACUUUCACAUGACUGCCUUUUUUGUUAAAUCAGUGGACUGGUAGAAUGUAGGCUGCAAUAUUUUUUGUCUUUUAGUUUGAUAACAGGGGCACAAAAUGUCAAGUUAAAAGUACACGAUUAGCUGCAGACAUGCCGGCUGUUCAAUAAAAGUGAUCUUUUCUCUU